CUCCGGGAUUAGGGGCUGCCGCCUGGAAAUCCGCCGGCUGGAGGCGGCGGCUUUACCCCCGGCUCCCUCCCUCCCGCUCUGCCCGGCUUAAGCCGCUCUAAUCCUCCUCCUCCUCCCCUUCCUCCCCCGGGCACGGUCAUGGAGUCGCAGCGGCCCCGUUACCGCGCCCCUUCCUCGCCGCCAUCCCGCGGCGGGAGGGAGCCCGGGGGGCUCCGUCGGAAGGGCCCGCCCGCGGCCGGCAGCGCCCCGGAGGCCGUGGAGGGCAGGAAGCCCAAAUUCCAUUUAAAUAUCAAGACACUGACUGAUGAUGUGUUGGAUAGAUUUGCCAGUAUAAGAAUUCCAGGAAGCAAAAAGGAAAGACCUCCUCUGCCACAUAUGAAGCAGUCCCACUCUACAGAUUGGUCAUCCACAACUACUGAUGUGGAGGAUUUUGUUCCAAAACCCCUGUCAGAAAGAGAAAUCAUAGCACUGUUUGAAAAAAUGAUGGAAGAUAUGAAUUUAAAUGAAGACAAGAAAGUGCCGUUGAGAGAAAAGGAUUUUAAUACCAAAAAAGAAAUGGUGAUGCAGUAUCUUAGCACUGCUUCAAAGUCUGGAAGUCUCAAGAACCGUCGGAAGAUUUCACCCCAAGAGUUUAUGCAGGAAUUAAAAUCUGGGUCAACAGAUGAAAGACUAGUCACUUGCUUAGAAUCACUUCGUGUGUCCUUGACUAGUAAUCCUGUCAGCUGGGUUGAAAACUUUGGCCGGGAAGGUCUGGGGCUGCUGUUGGACGUUUUGGAAAGACUGGUUGAGACAAAACACCAGGACAAAGUUGUGAAGAGGAGUCAGCAUAAGGUUAUACAAUGUUUGAGAGCCUUCAUGAACAAUAAGUAUGGAUUGGAAAGAAUUCUGGGAGAAGAGAGGAGCCUUUUGUUGCUGAUCAAAGCAAUUGAUCCCAAGCAAACUAGUAUGAUGACUGAUAUAGUUAAACUCCUUUCUGCAAUGUGCAUUGUUGGAGAAGAAAGCAUCCUUGAAAAAAUUUUGGAAGCUAUAACAGCAGCAGCAGAGGAAAAGAAUGUUGAUAGAUUCUCUCCUAUUGUGGAAGGACUUCAGGAUAACUCAGUUCAGCUGCAAGUAGCUUGCAUGCAGCUCAUCAAUGCUCUUGUUACAUCUCCUGAUGAUUUGGAUUUUAGGCUUCACAUCAGAAAUGAAUUUAUGCGCAGUGGAUUAAAAGAGAUAUUGCCACAAUUGAAAUGUAUAAAAAAUGAAGCACUAGAUAUUCAGCUGAAGGUGUUCAAUGAGCAUAAGGAAGAAGACAUGAUUGAGUUCUCUCAUCGUUUAGAAGAUAUUAGAUCUGAACUAGAUGAAGUAAAUGAUGUUUACAACAUGGUGUGGAAUACAGUUAAGGACACCAGUGCUGAAGGAUAUUUUCUUUCUAUUCUCCAACAUCUUUUGCUGAUAAGAAAUGACUAUUUUAUACGCCCACAGUAUUUCAAAAUAAUUGAAGAGUGCGUUUCCCAGAUAGUGUUACAUCGAAGUGGAACAGACCCAGAUUUCACGUAUCGUAAAAGAUUAGAUAUAAAUUUCAGCCACUUAGUAGAUAUUUGUGUAGAUAAAGCAAGAUUAGAAGAAUGCGAAGAGAGAGCUUCUGAACUUUCCAGAAAAUUUGAAAAAGAUUUUGUAGUUCAUCAGGAGACCCAGGCCCUACUGCAAAAAAAAGAAGAAAGAAUCAAUGAACUUGAAGCAGAAUUACAAGCUUUUAAAUUGCAGUAUGGCUCCUUGCCACCUGGUUGUCUAUCAUCAACACGUGGAGAUGCAUCUGUCAUUCCAGCGGAUGCUACAGGACCACAUCAGUUGCUGCCACCUCCUCCACCACUGCCUUCUAAUGGGGCAAUCCCACCACCGCCACCUCCCCCUCCUCCUCCACCAUUUUUGAAUGCCUUGGGAAUUCCUCCAGCAUUGGGUGCCCCACCACCACCACCUCUACCAGGCCUGCCUGGGGCACAGUGGUCUCCACCUUCAUGUACUUUGCCAUUUGGACUGAAGCCUAAAAAAGAGUUCAGACCUGAGGUUACCAUGAAAAGACUCAAUUGGUCCAAGAUCAGGCCGCAGGAAAUGACAGAAUCCUGUUUCUGGGUUAAGGCAGAAGAGGACAAGUACGAGAAUGCUGACAUGCUUUGCAAAUUGGAACUUACAUUUUGUUGUCAACAGAGGGUAAAAAAAGAAGAGGAAGAUUUUGAAGAAAAGAAAUCCAUUAAGAAACGGAUCAAGGAAUUAAAAGUUCUGGACCCAAAGAUUGCACAGAAUCUGUCAAUUUUCCUUGGAUCUUUCCGAGUGCCUUAUGAGGAAAUCAAAAUGAUGAUAUUGGAAGUAGAUGAAACACAGCUGUCAGAGUCCAUGAUUCAGAAUUUAAUAAAACAUCUUCCGGAACAAGAACAACUGAACACGUUGUCCAAGUUCAAGAGCGAGUAUAAUAAUUUGUCUGAACCAGAGCAGUUUGGAAUUGUGAUGAGCAACGUGAAGAGACUACGGCCACGGCUCAGUGCUAUUCUUUUUAAGCUCCAGUUUGAAGAGCAGGUGAACAACAUCAAACCUGACAUCAUGGCUGUCAGUGCUGCCUGUGAAGAGAUAAAAAAGAGUAAAAGCUUUAGCAAGCUGCUGGAACUAGUAUUAUUAAUGGGAAACUACAUGAAUGCAGGUUCUCGGAAUGCACAGACCUUUGGAUAUAAUCUCAGCUCCCUAUGUAAACUGAAAGACACGAAGUCAGCAGAUCAAAAAACAACAUUGCUCCAUUUUCUUGUAGAAGUGUGUGAAGAAAGCUAUCAGGAUGUUCUGAAUUUUAUUGAGGAUUUUCAGCAUUUAGAUAAAGCUAGUAAAGUCUCAGCAGAAAACCUGGAGAAGAGCCUGAAGCAUAUGGAGAGGCAACUCCAACAGCUUGAGAAGGAUUUGCAGACUUUUCCAGUUGCUGAAGAUAAGCAUGAUAAGUUUGUAGCAAAAAUGUCCAGCUUUCUAGUUCAUGCCAAAGAAGAUUUUCGGAAACUCUCACGGAUGCAUGAGAACAUGGAAAAGUUGUAUCAGAAUGUGAUGGGAUAUUAUGCCAUCGAUCUGAAGAAAGUUUCUGUGGAGGAGUUCUUAACUGACUUAAACAACUUCAGGAUGAUGUUCAUGCAAGCAGUAAAGGAUAAUAUGAGAAGGAGAGAAGCAGAAGAAAAACAGAGGCGUGCUAAAAUAGCUAAGGAGAAAGCAGAAAAAGAAAAACAAGAGAGGCAACAAAAGAAAAAGCGUUUGUUAGAAAUGAAAACAGAAGGUGAGGAGACUGGAGUGAUGGAUAGCCUGUUGGAGGCCUUGCAGUCAGGUGCAGCUUUUCGGGACCGAAGGAAAAGGAUACCAAGGGCUAAAGACAUACCACAAAAUGUCAGUCCAACCACACAGAGGCCUGUGCUGAAAGCUUGUAACCAUGAGAACCAGAAAGCACAGCCAGAGAAGUCAUGUUCACACCACAGUAUCAGUUUAAAAUCGACAAGAAGCCCAGUCAACAAAGAAGUUACUUAUGAUGUGGAAACAAGUUCUUCUAUGGCACGGAGCAAGGCUGUUGGGAGGAAGGAAGCCUGUAAUGGAGAAGGCAACAAAGAAAAGAAAAUGGAGCGUAUUGGGUCUCCUUCUAAGGGAGAAGUCAUUCCAGAAGUAGAAGCUCUCCUGGCAAGACUGCGAGCACUAUAGAGUAAUCAUAUAAAGGAUUAAAUCAAAGCUUAAAAACAAGCUAUAAUAGUGUAUCUCUUCAAGAUACACUAAUUUUCCAUUAUUGACAUCACAUACUUUUGAGUUCCAAACUUCCCUAGGUAUUAAUACUCUACUUCUAAACAUUUUGCAAGACUCCACAAAAUGAUACUGUAGUUUUGCUUAACUUCAAAACGAUUUUCAUUAUAUAUUUCACCGUUUUUUAUUCCAAGACACAGUCCUUUUAGUCAACAGGCUGCUGACCAAAUGUUUUGAGAGCUUCUCAGAAUAGAAGUAGAGUGUCUUUUAAAUAUUGUUAGAUCAUCAUGCCUGGGAAUAAGGGUCAGUAAAUAACAGGAAAGUCAGUCUUAUAUUUUCCACUACAUUUUUUAUUCUGAAGAGAUUUUAUCAUCUAAAAAGUAUUAUUAUAGCGUCAUUUGUGAUUAUAAUAAUGAGAAAUGUGUAUCAUAUAAAUUUCUCAGCCAUGUUCUAGUUUGAGUUCAUCGAAGAGUACCAAAGCUUGCUUAAUUAUAUAUGCAUUUACGAAAGGGAAAUCCAUGGACAGUAAACAAAGAAUCUAUGCACAUAAUAUACUUUACGUGUGAAUAAUAUAUCACGUCUAUUAAGCUUAGUUAUAAUAAUUAUAUCAAGAUAAUAUAUAUGAUUUCUAUGAAUGCAAUGUUUUGCAGUUGUGUCCAUAGUGGGCAAAAGGUCUUUCUUCACAGUUAUUUACGAAUGUAAUUUUUUAUCUUUUCACAUGUGAGUGAGGUAACAUGUUUCUAUAAAAGAAACAUAUAAUGGAAAAGGUUUUUACAAGUGUUUUUUUCACAAACUCAUUUUCCAGUAGCCCAUAAAGUCUUAUUUGCUGGCACAAUAGGAAACUUGCACAUAAUUGCUUCUCUUUUAUCGCACUGUCAUUGUACAUUCUUACAUGUUCGCUAUCAUAUUUAUUAAUUGCACAUCAUAAAGAAUUGCUACCUAUGUUACCAAGUGGGAAGAUACUAUUAGUAUCUUUGGUCCAUUAUUUAAAGCUUCCUUAUUAUAAGAGUGUAUUAGGUAUCUAAUAUCUUUCUACUAAAUUACUCUAUUUUUCUUUACAAAAUGCUGAAAAAUAUGUCUUUCAAUAAGAGUCAGUUACAUGAAACCAGUGUUUCAAUGCUUCAGUGCUUUUUAUAUCCUUGUUUAAGUUGCCUUCUUACUUUCUGCACUAAACAUUAAUAAAGUUAAUUAGAACUCUGAAAUUGGGCCUGUUUAUACAUACUGCAUGGAGUGUUUUUCAUCCAUCACGGGAAUCAAUCUCAUGUUUCUGGGGCUGUUGUAACUGCCAUUACACACUCUAAUUACAUUUCCAGCAUUUGCUUAAAAAAAUAGGAAGUAUGAACAGAAGUCAGGGAAAGAUGCAGAGAAAUCCUACUAGACAGUAAUUUCUUCAGCUCUACUUGAAAAAAAAAAAAAAGGCAAAGCUGCCAUAUGAGGCUGCCUUUGGUGCCUUUUAGUGGGUGAGUAGCAACUGCUACUAUCAUAAUAACUAGAGUGUGGGUCACAUGUCCUCUCCAGUCACUACAGUAAAAUGUAAGCAAUCACUGUGUAAUACAGCUAUUACUAAAGUUCAACUAAGGUCUGCAACUUGUCAACUGUUAAGACUUCCUACCCUUGCUUACAGGGUACCAUACAAAUUACUGUCUACAAAGUACAAUAUGCUUGAGUAAAUAAAAUUGUUUCUCAAACACAAUGAAAAUAUAUGUUGAAGAAAGAAAAAAAAGAUUGCUGGAGGACACGCUAAAAUGAAAGGGCUGGAAGUGGAGAACUGCCUCUGAAAUAUGAACAUGAUGACCUACUAAGUGAAGGUGGAAGUAGGAUUCAUUUUCCUAAACAGUUUCAGGAAGUUUGUUCAUUUGAAUUAGUGGGCAAUAGAACACAGUAAAAAAAUGACAGUUAAGGACACUACUGUGUAUAUCAAGCAAAUAAAUUAUAUGAAACUACCUACUGAAAUUUUCAGUAGACAAAGUGUUUCUAGCAGCCUAGCAUCUUCUGAUUUUAAAAUAAAUAUUUACAUUUAAAAUUAUAGAUCUUAAACCACACUUUCACACAGACUGAGAAGCUGUUAGAAAUGUAUUCCAGGGCUUUUAGUCCUUCUUAGCGUUUUGUUUCUGAAUUAAUCCUUUCAAGAAGCCAUCAAGUUAAUUCACAGUUUCCUUUGUAUAACCAGAAGAAUAAAAAAAGCCAUACAAGUUUUCACAACCUAUGCAAAUACAAUAUGUAAUUUUUCUGCUUCAGUAUUUCUUUGUAACAUCAUAAUUUGAUGUAUUCAGAGUUGAAGUACACAGUCCAGUUCAAGUGCACAGCAAGUUUUCUUUCUACAUUUCAUCUUUCUUUAACUUACCUUAUAAGUAAACAAAUAGGUCAUUUUGAAUAUGAAAAAUGCCUAAAUUGCCUAAUAAGUUCACAUAAAAAUAACUUUGAGAAUAUUAUGUCUGCAUUCUAUUACUAUGCUUUUAUGUUUUUAUUAAAAUGUAAAGCUCAGCUUCUAAAUUGUACGGGGUAAAUUGUUUUAAUUCAAUUUAAAAAUUAAUUCAUUAAUUCAAUUUAAAAUUUAAAGCUAAUUAAAGUUUUAAAAAAUGCAGGUAGACUUUUAAUGCUGUGUGCUAGUUAUUUUUAGUAAGACAUUUUUAGUAUCAGGUCUAUUGCCUGAACUGUAGGACUGGACUAUAUACCACUUUUGCUAGCUAUUGAAGAAGGUUUCACAUUCAGUGAAAACCCCUCUGUUUCUGUAAUUCACACCUGAAAAUUAAAUUCCUAUAAAAAGAGCUUCCUGAUAUCUUCAAACAUGACUGUUCAAAUAAAAGCAUUUGAAAUAAUCUU